AUGGCCCUUGUCGAACAUGGUAAAGGCAACGGUGUUCCCAGGGACUUAAUGUCGUCAGACCCGACUAAAUGCUGUGUGGUUGAUGGGAAGCUCCCGGUUAUCUUCGUAUCUCCACCUUCUUCCCCCUUCCCUUCAAGGCCAUCCGUGGAUUCCACACCAGUUAACCAAGCUUUGUGUGCCGAGUUUGACCCAACCGAGGUUCCCAAGGAUCGUAAUGCUGCCCGAGUAGGAGGAAACUGGAAAGCAGGCCAGAAGGUUGAGAUUGACUCCACCGCAAAAGCCGGACCCGGAAAAGAGGAAACCCCUCUUUGUUCGGGAUUUGCGACGCGAUCAACCCAUUCAGGACUGGGUUUGAUCUCGCCUAGUAGUGCCGGGUGGGAGAAACUCAAGGGGAUCAGCUCACAGCCGCAGAGCGAGAGAGAUGCGCAGUGUCAAUCCGGUCGGGCGCCUCAUCCUAAUUUCCUCUGGGCUUCCGGCAGUGGGGCGGCAGCUGAUGUGCGUGCCUUCGCCGGAUUUUAUUUGACGAUGGAAGAGCAUUACUAUUCUUGCCUUCACGGCGCUCAGCUGGCCAUCGAUACGGAUCCACCACUAGAAACGAGAAAGACGCUGCCCGGCUCUCGCUGCCAUUCCUUCACACUGGAUCGCCCAGGGUGA